GGCAACCCGCCGUCAUUACGUUUAGAAACUGAAGUGCAGAAACGUCGUGGAAUCAAUAGUUGGAUUUUUAAAGAAAAAACAUCAAAAUGAAGAUCGCAGUCUCCCUCGUCUCUGUUUUCCUCCUUGCUGUUGGGAAAGUUCAAGCGCUGGCCAACGUUGUGCCGUUCCCAGUGGAGUCGUGCGAGGAGCUGGUGCCGCAGGUGCCUGAGUCGCAGCGGUCGAACCUACAGCUCGUGGUGGACAAGUGCCUUGAGCUGCCCGCCGUGGCCGCUGCUAAUACCGCUUACUCUGGACCGGAAUCGGACAGGAUGUCGGAGAUAAUAUUGACUUGCUUCGCUGCUAAGUCAAACAUGUUUGACAGCAGCGGACUGAAGAACGAUGACUUCAUUGAGAGCAUCAAGCUGGGCGUGAAGAGAACCCGCAUGGCGAGCUCCGUGAUGGCUGCCCUCGGUGUCUGCACCCCUGGCCUCCUGCAGGACAACGUGCUCGUGCCUUUCAUGCGCUGCAUUCAGAGCAAAUGUGCGCUGGAGUGAGAUUAAUCAAAUUGGAGCAAAUGGAUAAUAAAUGAGAGGGAUUAUCAACGAAGGAAAAACGAAAGAAAUGCGUUCGGAUUAUAGUUCACGUAUUUUAUUUAUUAUUGCAAACAAUUGCCAGAAUCUCAUCAGUUUUACAGGAGCCUAAGAAAUUUAUGUUUUGGAAUGUAAAAUAUAAAAGAAAGCUGGAUGCGUCAUAGAAAUUAAAAUACUAUUGAUUAUUGUCCAUAGAAUUGAUGAAACUCGAGAAAUGAAAAAAGCGUUACGUGGUUUAAUGGAUCAAUGUUUCGUUUAGCACCGAAGCAGCCAUGGAGCUGAUCGUAAGACUUACAAGUAAUUUACAACUAAAAGAAUUGUUUCAGAACUCCCAGGGAAUAUUUGUUGUAAAAUUAAGUUUCUUCUAUGAUUUCUUUCAUGUUUUUUUUGUGGUUUUCUUAAAAAAACUAACUUAUAUAUUUUGUUCUAUACUGCGUUGUCAUGACAAGAAUUAAACGUUUAUUGUUUGAGUA